AUGGAACCGUCCACGGCUACAUCCCGCGGUGCUUCCUCUGUGACUUCGUCGCGCCGCUCGAGACGCCAUCAUCGGUUUCCCAGCCGCUCUCAUGCCGGCGGUUCGUCUCACCAGCCGCUUAACGAGUUCCCCGUCUUCUCAACCACCGGUGAUGUGGAGAUUGUGAUUCGCGCUGCAGAUCAGGAACGUCGGUACCUCUUGCAUCGUCUGAUAUUGGCGCAGAACUCGGGUUUUUUCGAAGCUUCGACGAGUGACGAGUGGUCGAGCGUCCAGGCACAGCGGGAGAUCACUGCGGCCAUCUCAGCCAGCACCUCGAUUCGGCCUGGGGGAGACGCAGCCGAUCUGCCGGGGCACGAGGUCGCGCCGGAGCGUGGUGAGAAGCGCGACGAGGAGGAAGACGAUAACGAGACUCGGCGGCCAUUGACGCUUCGAAAUGGCAUUCCGCCAGUAAAGACCAGAUGGAGGUACGAGCUGGAUUGGGAGAAUAGGGAAGGGGAUGAAGUGCCAAUUCUCGUGCAAAAGCCUCCAAGUAAGAGCAAGUCAGUGUUUGGGUCGACAGCACAGCAGACUCAUCCGCCGUUACCAACUCGAAACAAGCCUGUGCCUCCCCAGCAGGGCUUCUUUCGAUCCAUGGCCAAUCUGACAGGAAUCCAGUCUGCUCUUCACCUGCCUCUGGCAACGCAAUCUGAGGAGAGCAUACCCGUCGAUCCUACAAUUCGUGACUAUGACAACCUCUUCCGAAUAUUCUACAACUACGCGCCACAGUUAAACCCACACAAUAUCACCAUAGCGUACUCCCAGUGUAAAUCACUAAUUGCGCUCGCUGAUAUGUACGAUGCCCUGACUGUUACCGGCCCUCGAGUGGACUAUCACUUACUGCGCUUCUCUUCUUCCCUUUACAAACAUAUUGCGAAAUUUCCCGCAAGUUAUAUCAAACUUGGCUAUCAGGCUCGCAGUCGUGUUAUUUUUACAGAGGCUCUUAUCCAUAUCGUCGGCGACUGGCCCGUUUCCCAGCCGUUAGUUGGAAGGGAUCACAAAUCACCACUUCCCGAAGCAGUACUGGACUUGAUAGAAGACAAAGUGGAAGACCUCAAGGACGAGAUCAGAAGGGUGGAGUCAAAGCUCUUCCACUUGACUCUGACCACCUCACGCGGUGAGCGUAUUACUCCCUUCAACAACUAUUUGGACUGGCUCGCCGUCUCUCUAUUCCGACAGUGGUUGGUUGAAAAUACCACUCCGCCUCCGCCUACAAUAUUAAAAUUCCCGGCGCCUCCUACAUCUACACAACGGGAUGGUAGAAGCGCCAAUCCCUCGGCAUCUACACGCAACGUAUCCCACAGCGGUGGAAGCAGCAGCAGCGGCAGUCGACAGCUUAAUCCUUCGAAUUCAACUGCCUCGCGUCGAGUAACUAAUCAAACAGUCGCCGCGCGUCCUUCAACCGCUCGUCCUUCCACUGCCAACGCCCGUCCUUCUACUGGAUAUUCAGCAGCCAACAAGGUCGAUGUCGAUACCAAACCACAAGCCCCUUUCUGUAUUGGCCGAACAUACAGACUCGUCGGGUCUUCCAACUCGCAGGCGUACUUGAAUCACGAUGAAAUUAAACGCUUCCUCAAACUCCACCCAACGUCCUAUUCUCGCGAAAACCUCAAGAGACUGGAAAGCAAAAUAAACGAGCUAAAGCGCCUAGCGAAGGAAAUCGUGAAGCCACUAAUGCGCAACUUUCUCGAGCUGGACUUGAAGAGCGCUAACGGCGAUGGCGACACGUCAUCUUCCUGGCCAACAGUGACCUAUCUGACUUGUACCAAAAUCGAGGAAGCCGAUCUUCCUUGGUAUUAA